GUGGGAACCAAAGAAAGAAAAGAAAAAUAGGUAAGGAGUAGUCUCUGAAGCAAAGUGUGGCUUGAGGUGCACGCAUCUGUUAGAGUUUUGAGAUGACAGUGGUCCAUGUUGUUGUGUUCGCACUUGAAUAGACGUAGUUUUGUCAUUAUUUCAAUCAGUUCUAUUAGCUUUUUCUAUCAAAGAUAAAGGAGGAAAAGAAAAUAUGAACAUCAGAGUCUUGUUCUGUUUGUGAGAGGGUCCUAGAAACUCCACUACCAUACAUAUGAACCAUGGGCACAUCGGCACAUGUAUGUACACGAGUAAGGCCUAUAAUUCUCCAAGCCAACGUGCUUCAUUCACACACUUCCAAGUACUUUCAUCAAAAGAAUCUGAAUCCAUUAUCCAACCCUUAUCAAAAACCAUCACCAGCACAAAGAAACUAAACCUACCGAAGGUACAAAACUGUUUUCUGUUGUGUCUAAGAGUAAGAGAUGAAGGUGGUGAAGGGCCUUGAUGUGGAGAGGUACAUGGGUAGAUGGUAUGAGAUAGCGAGUUUCCCUUCAUUCUUUCAGCCAAAGAAUGGUGAGAACACAAGAGCCACAUACACACUCAAUGAUGAUGGAACUGUGCAUGUGCUCAAUGAGACUUAUGCUAAUGGCAAGAAGGUCUCCAUUGAAGGAACUGCAUACAAGGCCGAUCCGAAAAACGAUGAGGCGAAGCUCAAGGUCAAGUUCUAUGUCCCUCCAUUCUUACCCAUCAUCCCUGUUGUUGGAGACUACUGGGUUUUGUACAUCGAUGAUGAUUAUCAAUAUGCUGUGAUUGGAGGGCCAACCACCAAAUAUCUUUGGAUUAGAGCCAAACAACUUGAUAAGCUAGAUAUGAUGAUUAUCAGUAUGCUCUCAUUGGCCAACCCCUGUAGGAAAUAUCUUUGGAUAUUGUCAAGGCAGAACCGAUUAGAUGAGGAGAUCUUCAAUAUGCUUGUUCAGAAAGCUAAGGAUGAGGGGUAUGAUGUGAGCAAACUCCACAAGACUCCACAGAGUGAGACACCACCAGAGGGAGAAGAAGGCCCCAAAGACACCAAAGGCAUUUGGUGGAUCAAAUCCCUUUUAGGGAAAUAGGCAUUAGAUUGAAGAAAUAUCUCAUGCUGCAAUUAUGUCUGAAUCUCAUGUAUUGGUUGUUUUGGUUGUGUUAAGUACUUGAAUGGUUUCAGUAUCGCUUGUGUUUUGUAAAAAAUAGACUAUAUAAGCCCAAAGGUUAAAGUUGAUGGUUGAAUGCUUUGGUUGUUAUAGAAGUUUCUUUACAGUGAUUUGUAAGAGAGAUGUGGAAAAUCAUCACAUUAUGAAUAUGCUGAUGAUGAACAAAAUUGAAAAGAAAAUGUUAAUAUCAUACUAAAAAUAUAUUGCAUGUUCUUUCAA